GUAACCCAUUCAUUGUUGCCAAUGCAUUCCGUGACAAACUGGAUAAAUGGACAAAGAUAAGGUCGAGAGAUGGUGUUGGACUGCAGCGAUUUGGUGAUUUUCUUAAGCAGUGUUAUACAGCCAUGCAGAGUAUUGGAAGCUUGAACAUUCUCAAUGAUGACAGAGAAAACAGAAGACUGCUUAGCAAACUUCCAGAUUGGCUUGUGACAAGAUGGGGUAGGAUUGCCACAUAGUACAGAGAAGAAAGAAUGGAAUUUCCACCAUUCAAGAAUUUUAUGGAAUUUAUCGUGAAAGAAGCCAAGAUUGCGACAGACCCUAUUACCUCCAUAGAGUCUGUAAAGAAGUCUGAACUCGCCCAAUCAGAGCCGAGUAAGCCAGGACCUGAUGUCAGAAUACGACAGCGAGGUGCAGCUGAUUAUGGAAAACGAUCUUUCCUGACAGACGUUGAAGACAAUCAGCCUGCAAAUGUGAACGUUGCAAAUAGAAGCGACAGAGGGAGAAACUGUGUUUUGUGUGAAGGGAAUCAUGAACUAGAUGACUGUAAACAGUUCUUAGCGAAGAGUCUGGAAGGAAGAAAACAGUAUGCAAAACAGAGAGGUCUGUGUUUUGGAUGUUUACAUUCGGGUCAUCUAUCAAGGAAGUGUCGCGAGAGGAAAAGAUGCAAAACUUGUUCCAAGUUUCACCCCUCAUCUUUACACGGGGACAUCUACAGACGAGAACAGCAACAGAUUACGGAGGAUGUGGAUAACGCAGCCAUGCCAAAGGAGAGUUCAUCAGGAACAACACUUAUGAAUCACUCUGGAGCAUCCAGUAAAAGUACCAUGAUACUUCCAGUUUAUGUGUCACAUAAAGAGAACCCAGACAGAGAGAGGUUAGUUUAUGCGCUACUUGACACACAAUCGGAUACAACCUUUAUUCUGGAGAAGACUUCAAGUGCCCUUGGACUUACUGGUAAACCUGUGAAGCUGAUGCUUUCUACUAUGUAUGCAGAGAACAAGGCCAUAGAUAGUUGUAAGAUUGGAGGACUUGUUGUACGUGGCUUCAAUAGUGAACACAGAAUAGCGUUACCUGAAACAUACUCAAGAGCUAUCAUGCCUGCUAACAGAUCCCAUAUCCCGACACCGGAAGUUGCGAAAAGAUGGCCUCAUCUGGAAACUAUUGCAGAUGAACUUCUACCUCUGACUGAUUGUGAAGUUGGAUUACUCAUUGGUUACAACUGUGUGAAGGCUUUGACGCCGAGAGAUGUUAUCGUUCCAUCCAAAGACGGACCUUAUGGUCAACGCACUGAUUUGGGAUGGAGUGUAGUAGGCAUAAUGGAGAAUGACAGUUCAACGGAAUGGGGUGAGGAUCCCAUAGGAAUUAGUCAUCGUAUUGUUGCGUGCGACGUGCCUACAGAAUUGUGUACAUCUGAAGCAUCAAGGCAAGACCAUGUUGUAUUUUCGGUAAGGAACAAGAUAAAGGAAGUAAUCAACCCUAAAGAGGUAGUUAGGAUGCUUGAAGUGGAUUUCAGUGAGAACCUAAGCAGUUCAAAACAUGUUUCCUAUGAAGACAGAAAAUUUCUGGAUAUCAUGGAAAAGGGGAUUCAUAAGUGUGAUGGACAUUAUGAAAUGCCAUUGCCUUUCCGAGAAGCGAUGCCAUACCUGAGACAUGGCAUUUCAGCGACUACAACACUUGCGGAAGCGACUUGA